AUGGUGAACUCCAGCCGUGUGCAGCCGCAGCCUCCCGGGGACCCCGGACGCUCGCCCGCGCCGCGAGCGUCCGGGCCCGGCCGCCUGCUGGCGGGAGGCGCCGGCCUGGCAGUCCCCGGCGGCCUGCGGGAGCAGCGGGGCCUGGAGAUUGAGAUGGAGCGCAUCCGGCAGGCGGCCGCUCGGGACCCACCGGCCGGAGCCUCGGCCUCGCCUUCUCCUCCGCUGUCGUCCUGCUCCAGGCAGGCAUGGAGCCGCGACAACCCGGGCUUUGAGGCCGAAGAGGAUGACGACGACGACGAGGUGGAAGGAGAAGAAGGAGGGAUGGUGGUGGAGAUGGACGUGGAGUGGCGUCCGGGCAGCCGAAGACCGGCCUCCUCUUCGGCCGUGAGCUCGGCGGGCGCCCGCGGCCGGGGUCUGGGAAGCUAUCGCGGCGCGGCUUACCCGAGCGGGAGACGGCGCCGGCUAGAGGACCAGGGCGCGCCGUGUCCCAGCCCCGCGGGCGGCGGGGACCCGCUGCAUCGCCACCUCCCGCUGGAUGGCCAGCCGCCCCGAGUGGCCUGGGCCGAGAGGCUGGUGCGAGGACUGCGAGGUCUCUGGGGAACAAGACUCAUGGAAGAGAGCAACGCUAACCGAGAGAAAUACCUGAGAAGCGUGUUGCGGGAGCUGGUCACUUACCUCUUUUUCCUCAUACUCUUGUGCAUCUUGACCUAUGGCAUGAUGAGCUCCAACGUGUACUACUACACUCGGACACUGUCACAACUUUUCAUAGACACCCCAGUGUCUAAAACAGAGAAAACCAACUUUAAAACUCUCUCUUCCAUGGAGGACUUCUGGAAGUUCACAGAAGGCUCCUUCCUGGAUGGGCUGUACUGGAAGGCACAGAGCAGCAACCAUACGCAAGCUGACAACCGGAGCUUUAUUUUCUAUGAGAACCUGCUGCUAGGAGUGCCGCGUCUACGCCAACUCCGAGUCAGAAACGGAUCCUGCUCCAUCCCUCAGGACCUGAGAGAUGAAAUUAAAGAAUGCUAUGAUGUCUACUCUGUCAGCAGUGAGGACAGGGCUCCAUUUGGACCGCGGAACGGAACUGCGUGGAUCUACACAAGUGAAAAAGACCUGAAUGGCAGCAGUCACUGGGGAAUCAUUGCGACUUACAGUGGAGCCGGUUACUACCUGGAUCUGUCCAGAACCAGGGAGGAGACAGCGGCCCAGCUUGCUGGCCUCAGGAGGAAUUUCUGGCUGGACCGGGGCACACGGGCAGCUUUCAUUGACUUCUCGGUGUAUAACGCAAACAUUAACCUGUUCUGUGUGGUCAGGUUAUUGGUUGAGUUCCCAGCAACGGGUGGCGUGGUGCCCUCUUGGCAGUUUCAGCCUGUAAAACUGAUCCGCUACGUCACAGCCUUUGAUUUCUUCCUGGCAGCCUGUGAGAUUAUCUUUUGUUUCUUUAUCCUUUACUAUGUGGUGGAAGAGAUAUUGGAAAUUCGGAUUCACAGACUGAACUAUUUCAGGAGUUUCUGGAAUUGUCUGGAUGUUGUGAUUGUUGUGUUGUCCGUAGUAGCCAUGAUGAUUAACAUUUACCGGAUGUCCAAUGCUGAGGGGCUGCUACAGUUUCUCGAAGAUCAAAAUUCUUUCCCCAACUUUGAGCAUGUGGCAUACUGGCAAAUACAGUUCAACAAUAUAGCUGCCGUCAUGGUAUUUUUGGUCUGGAUUAAGCUCUUCAAAUUCAUCAAUUUCAAUAGGACCAUGAGUCAGCUCUCCACGACCAUGUCCAGAUGUGCCAAAGACCUCUUUGGCUUCACCAUCAUGUUCUUCAUCAUCUUCUUGGCAUAUGCCCAGUUGGCGUACCUUGUCUUUGGCACUCAGGUGGAUGACUUCAGUACUUUCCAAGAGUGUAUUUUCACUCAGUUCCGCAUCAUUUUGGGUGAUAUCAACUUCGCAGAGAUCGAGGAAGCUAACCGAGUUUUGGGGCCACUUUAUUUUACUACAUUUGUGUUCUUUAUGUUCUUCAUUCUUUUGAACAUGUUUCUGGCGAUCAUCAAUGAUUCCUACUCUGAGGUGAAAUCAGAUCUGGCCCAGCAGAAAGCAGAAAUGGAACUCUCAGACCUUAUCAGAAAGGGCUGCCAAAAAGCACUUGUCAAACUAAAACUUAAAAGAAACACCGUAGACGCCAUUUCAGAGAGUCUCCGGCAAGGUGGUGGCAAGCUAAACUUUGAUGAACUUCGGCAAGACCUGAAAGGGAAGGGCCACACGGACGCAGAGAUCGAGGCCAUAUUCACUAAAUAUGACCAGGACGGCGACCAGGAACUGACUGAGCGUGAGCAUCAGCAGAUGAGAGAUGACUUGGAGAGAGAGAGGGAGGACCUAGACUUGGAACACAGCUCUUUACCACGUCCCAUGAGCAGCAGAAGUUUCCCCAGAAGCCUGGAUGACUCUGAGGAGGAAGACGAUGAAGACAGUGGCCAUAGUUCCAGGAGGAGGGGAAGCAUCUCCAGUGGGGUUUCCUAUGAAGAGUUCCAAGUACUGGUGAGACGCGUGGACCGCAUGGAGCACUCCAUCGGCAGCAUCGUGUCCAAGAUCGAUGCUGUGAUUGUCAAGCUUGAGAUCAUGGAGCGGGCCAAGGUGAAGAGGCGAGAGGUGUUAGGAAGGCUGCUGGAUGGAGUGGCUGAGGAUGCGCGCCUGGGUCGGGAUAGUGAGAUCCACAGGGAGCAGAUGGAGCGCCUGGUGCGGGAAGAGCUGGAGCGCUGGGAAUCGGAUGACGCAGCUUCACAGUCAGGUCACGGUCUAGGCACACAAGUGGGACUCGGUGGCCAGUCGCACCCCAGAAGCUCCCGGCCCCCUUCCUCCCAGUCUGCAGAGGGCCUGGAAGGCGGAGGUGGAAACGGAAGUACCAACGCGCAUGCGUAACAAUCCACACGUGUUUGUCCCUGAGACGCGGAGAGGUGGUUGUCCGGUAUGGUAGUGACAAGUUCGGUAUUUAUAUACCCCGGCUGCAUUGUGAUGCUGGUCUUUGUGACCAAUUGUUAUAAUUUUCUGCACUUUAAUUUAUUUUACGUAAACUUAACCCGUGGUUCGAGGAAGGUUGUUUUACUUUUUUCUCAUAUGAGAAAUAUAGAUGUAAAUAUUGAGUUCAGAAAGAAGAGAAAUUUGAAAGUAUACUGAGUUGCUGCCCUAUCCGAGUCUAUUUGGAAGUUAGGGGAGAAGCGUCACUAGCCUAAGUUUGUGAGGAGCCGCCACAGUCAGCAGCGGCAGUGAGACAUGCUAAGGAAAAGCAUGGAUGGCAUUUCUAUCCAUGGAGGUGCACCUCGGAGCUUACUACAUACCAGUCUUCUAAGGAAGGAGUCGUAUUUCAGCAACCUUACUGGGGUGCAGAGAAUGGAUAUGUAUGUAGCCAUUGGGCUAAAAUGUUUAUGAAUGGCUGAGACAGAUAGAUGCUAAGCGUAUCAUUUAAUUUUUGUGUGAUUUAGCUUUUGCUUGAAAUUCAGCAAGGAAAGCCCCAAAGAUAAACUGAAGGAUAAAAUGUAGGAUUGGAAGAGGCCUUCGAUUCUUAGUUUGACUUUUCAAUUAUUUGUUGGCAUAGAAAUUUCUGCAUUUUUUUUCUUAUGUCUCAUUUUCAACCAAAUUUAAUAUUAAAAUAGCUAAUAAGCCAGACAUACACUGAAUAUUUUAGUACGCAAUGAAAGUUUUAACUCAGCAAACAUGUACAUGCGAAGCAGUGUUUUAAGGAAGUUUUGAAGCACGUAAAAGCCCUGUAAAAGUAAAGGCUUGGUUUGUGCUGUAUCUAGAAUAUAGUUCUCAAAUAUUCUUAAUCUUGUAUUUCAGAAUGAAAUCAUAUACCACAAAUUCAGCUCAUUUUUAUGCGAGGAGCCUUUGGUAUUAAGGGUUUAUCUAUUUGCAGAAGGGAUCAGCUAAAAGUUGACUAUCAACGAUAGUUUUCAUUAAGAGAGGGUCUCACUAAAUUUAUAGGGGAAAUCUAUUUCUUCAUGUCAUUUUUUUGGUCCGUCAAAGACAGGUUUUCACUAUAUAAUCCUGACUUGCCUGGAACUAACUGUGUAAACUUGGCUGGCCUCAGACUCACAGUGGUCCACCGGCUCUCGGCCUCUUAAGUGCUGGGAUUAAGGGCCUGUGUGACCACCAGUUGUUGAGUAACUUGGCCCUUAGUCAGCAAGGGGAUCAGAAGAAGCAAAGCCAAGCUGGUAGAGAAGCCAGAGGUAGAGAACAAGUAGAAGAGAAUCCUGGGCUUAGUGCUGUCCUUUAAAUUCACAAGAGUGCAUUGUUUUCCUAGAACAUAGCAAACCUCCAGCUAACUGCUGAGCGGACAGGUUACUUUCUGCAGGAGCGAGGUGUGCCAUGGUUCCCUGAUCUGAGGGCUCCAUGCCAACCAUUCUCUUUUGAGUAUGCUAUGCUAGCUUUUUUCUCCCUAGGUGUUAGAUUUUGCAUUCCAGGGAUAUCAUUGUGUGUAUGUAUUUAUGUAUGCGUACUUUGCUGUUACAAGUAAACAAACUUCAAUUUGAAGUGCACUCAAUAUGUGGUAUCCAUAUGUAUCGACCAUGUGCCAUAUAUCUACUAUGGUCACUAGCACGUCUUUAAUGAUGCUUGUUAUUACAUCGUCGCUUCUUUUUCAUUCAACUUGCAGAACUUUUGUAGAAUUCUUUUUUUCCCUUUACAUAUAAGUUCAUAUAUUUUUCUACUUCAGUCCUGUGAAGCUUAUCCCCAAUCACUUUUCUAUUAGUCUCCCCUCUGUAUAUGAGGGGAGUUAUUACAUAUACAAGGUUCUUUUGACAAUCAACAAUUUCUUAACUGUAAUAAUGUGUACAUUACUUAAUAAAGACUUGACAUGCUACCGUGGUGUAAAUA